CUAACCGCAACGCCGAAAUCUUAUCUCUAUUGAAACGAUUGGGAAGUGGACAUACCAACGAACAAAAAACGAGGAUGAAGCUCGAUGCGACAGACCUGCGCUACAUAACCGCUGACGAGUUCCGAGUGCUUACCGCGGUUGAGAUCGGAUCCAAAAAUCAUGAAGUCGUGCCGACCCCUCUCAUCGCUCAGAUAUCCGGCCUAAGAAGCGGUGGUGUAAACAAACUCAUCGGGUCGCUGGCCAAACGAAAUCUAAUUGCAAAGGUUCAGAACUCUAAAUAUGAUGGAUACAGACUCACGUAUGGCGGAUAUGACUACUUGGCCAUGAGAGCACUGUCCAAAAGAGACUCCAUGCAUUCUGUCGGGAACCAGAUUGGUGUCGGAAAGGAAGCCGAUGUCUAUGUGGUAGCAGACGUAGAGGGCAAUGAAAUGGUGCUCAAGCUUCAUCGUCUAGGUCGAAUAUCUUUCCGUGCAAUCAAGGAAAAGAGAGACUAUCUGGGCAAACGCAAAUCAGCAUCGUGGAUGUACAUGUCUCGGCUGGCAGCUGAGAAAGAGUGGGCGUUUAUGAAGAUCCUAUACGAGCAUGACUUUCCCGUUCCAAAGCCAAUAGACCAUGCACGACAUUGUUUACUGAUGGAGGCCAUUGACGCAUACCCACUCCGACAAGUUUCGGACAUCCCCUCUCCUGGAAAGCUGUAUUCUACUCUUAUGGACAUCAUUGUCCGCUUCGCUAGCGCCGGGCUCAUCCAUGGCGAUUACAACGAAUUCAAUAUUCUCAUCAAGCGAGACUCUGGAGACCCUGUGGUCAUCGAUUUCCCCCAGAUGGUCAGCACAUCGCAUGCAAACGCCGAAUGGUAUUUCAACAGAGAUGUGGAGUGCAUAAGGACAUUCUUUCGGAGAAGGUUCAAGUACGAGAGUAGCUUGUAUCCCCGGUUCAGGAACGCAAGCUCUGAAGGUGACGGAGAGAACUUCCAACUGGAUGUGGUCGUUUCUGCAAGCGGGUGGUCAAAGAAAGAACAAAAGGUUUUGGAAGAAUAUAUGGACGCCGUUAAGGAAGACGAACCUCAAGGGACUCUUGAUGAUAGCGACACGGACGAAGAGGAAGAGGAAGAAAGCGAGCCAGAGGAAGAAGAGGUGGAGGACGCCAUCGAUGGCAACAACGACGAGCAUAAAGUUGACAGUGAAGGCAGAGCGGAAGCUGCAGAUGAAGAAACAGUCACCACCCAAAUCACGGUCGCCCUCUCCCAGCUCGUUGGCGAAGAUGACGGCUUCACUGAGCCUUAGUUCCGCGCCAACCGUUCACGGAAAGGUGAAAAGUGACUUGGCAAAGAAGGCACGACAGCAAAAGAAGUACCACUCAAAACGCAGCGUUCAGCGAGCCGGACGACCGCAGGGGAGUAAAGCAAAACAAGAUUCACGGGUGAAGCUUGACAAAAGCGAAAUAUGGGGAUAGUUAACUAUGCCAGCAUGUGAUGAUUAACCCUACAUAUGCACUACACAGCG